AACCUCAAAACCACAAGCUAAAGAUUCUGUUCGCCCACAAAGAACCUCAAAACCACAAGCUUAAGAUUCUGGUCGCCCACAAAGAACCUCAAAACCACAAGCUUAAGAUUCUGGUCGCCCACAAAGAACCUCAAAACCACAAGCUUAAGAUUCUGUUCGCUCACAAAGAACCUCAAAACCACACGCUAAAGAUUCUGUUCGCUCACAAAGAACCUCAAAACCACAAGCUAAAGAUUCUGGUUCGCUCACAAAGAACCUCAAAACCACACGCUAAAGAUUCUGUUCGCUCACAAAGAACCUCAAAACCACAAGCUAAAGAUUCUGUUCGCUCACAAAGAACCUCAAAACCACACGCUAAAGACUUUGCUCGCUCACAAAAAUCUCAAAACCAUACGCAUAAGAUUCUGUUCGCUCACAAAAAACCUCAAAACCACAAACUUAAGACUCUUUGUUCGCUCUUGGUAGCUGUGUCAUUAACGGACUGUUAUUG